CAUUAUUGGAUCAAUAUGGGUUUUAACCACCUGAUCACAGUGAAGGCAAAUGAGGUUAUCUCGGUUCAUAAGUAUCGUUCGGAAACCACCGGGCUGACCGUGAUUGUUGGAGAAGUGGAAGGGCCAGUGGUGAAUGGUUAUUUUACACUAGCCACCGAAGCGAACGAUGACAAUGGUUUGCCGCACACACUGGAACAUUUAAUUUUCCUAGGGUCCGAAAAGUAUCCUUACAAAGGUAUUCUUGACCUGGUCGCUAACCGUUGCCUUGCAUCUGGUACCAAUGCUUGGACCGAUAGAGACCACACAUGCUAUACGAUGACGACAGCUGGAAGUGAAGGAUUCCUUGCUCUGCUACCGAUAUACUUGGAUCACAUUCUUUACCCAACCCUUACUGACUCGGGUUUCACUACCGAAGUUCACCACAUAACUGGAGAAGGCGAAGACGGUGGGGUGGUUUAUUGUGAAAUGCAGGGUCGAGAGAACACAGGCGAGUCCAGAGUAAAUUUGGAAAUGGUUCGCGCAGUGUAUCCGAACUGUGGUUAUAGUGCUGAAACUGGAGGUAUCCUGAGUAACCUGCGGACAACCACGACCAAUGAGAAGGUCCGAGCCUACCAUGCGUCGUUCUAUCGUCCAGAUAACUUGUAUAUCAUCAUCACCGGCCAAAUAAAACCGGAUGAUAUUUUCAAGGCGUUAGCACCAAUCGAGCAGAAAAUUAUGUCUAAGGGCAAGUUACCAUCGUUCACCAAGCCAUGGCAAACUCCAGUCGAACCACUUGCCGAGUCGAAAGAUAUCAAAAUACUGUAUCCGGCCGACGAAGAAGAUUGCGGUUUGGUAAACGUCGCUUGGAGGGGGCCUAUGGCAACGACCGAAUAUGAGACUUUGACUGCAUGUUCGGUGCUAUUGCGCUACCUCACGGAUACGUCCAGCAGUCCAGUCCAACGAGAAUUCAUCGAAAAUUGUGACCCCGAUGCCAGUCGUGUUGGUUACAGUAUAGUUGAAAACUCCGUCUCUUUACUGUACAUUUCGUUCGAAAAUGUUCCACUUGGCAAGGAAGAUAACAUAUUUCCUAAACUAACACUGCUCUUGCAAACGAUAGAGAAGGGGGACGAAAAGUUAGAUAUGCAGCGGUUGAAGAAUGUCAUCGAAAGGUAUAGGCUGGAAGCAUUAAGCAGCUUGGAAUCGAAUCCUCAUGAUGAUAUCGCUUUUCAUGUUAUAGGAGAUGUUUUGUACGGGUCUGAUGACAAAGAAUUCGAAACCCGUCUGAAUGUAAACCGCCAACUGACCAAGUUGAAAGAAAUGGAUGAAAACUUUUGGCUGAACUUGUUAAGAAAAUAUUUCAUCAGUAACAAACACGUUGUUGUUCGAGCCCUACCAAGCAUCGAAGAAAACCGUCGUAUAGCGAAAGUUGAACUAACCAGGUUAGAAGCACAACGACUGUCGCUCGGUAAAGAUGGUCUGCAGGGCAAGGAGAAAGCUCUAGCUGAUGCAAUGCGAGCAAAUGAACUUCCGCCGCCAGACGAAAUGAUAACUUCUGUUCCCGUUCCUUCGACGAAUGACAUAAAGUUCUACCCGGUUCAAAUUUAUAGUUCAACUGAUAAAAUCAGCCCACCCGGGUUGACCUUGUCCGAAAUGCCCGUUUAUACUGAAGCAUAUGAUUUGCACACCAACUUUUGCUAUCUAAAAGUUACUAUGAACACGGAAACGUUGAGUGUUGAAUUGCGCCCAUACAUGGUUUUGUUGUUGGAGCUUUUAACCGAAUCGCCAGUACGACGAGGUGAUGCGUUGAUUCCAUACGAGGAAAUAGUAUCAACUCUGGAAUCUAACACGGUUGAGACUGCCACUGAAUUGGGUUUUACCUCAUCGAAUCGAUUCAGCGUGGGAGCAUAUUCCAGCACAGCCACACUACACAUGCAGGUGGUGCGUGAAAAGUACACCACGGGAAUCGAACUGAUUAAUGAAUUGCUGCAUAAGACCGAAUUUACAACUGAAAGGAUAAAAGUAUGCGCCUCGAAGCUCAUCAAUGAGGUGUCCCAGGCCAAACGAGAAGGUAACUCGAUUGCGAAGGAUAUUCUGAAAGCAAUGUACUACCGCGAUGAGAGUAACGUUCGCAUGUGCUCGCUGCUGAAGCAAUCCAAGUUCCUUUCAUCGUUGCUGGAACAGAUAGGAGACCCGGAAAGGGGCCAGCUGGUUAUCGACAAUCUCAAUAAGGCACGCAACAUUAUAACCAAACCAGAGAAUCUUGCCAUCCACAUGGCAGCAGAUUGGACUAUGAUGAGUGAUAUGGGCAUCGACUUGUCGGCGCCUUGGAAGCAGUUAGUGCACGGGGACCAAGAAUCGCAAAAUUUUGUUAAACGAUUCACAUCAAAUCAAGAUUGGAACCACAUGAUGUCGGCAGAUGAUGUAAUUAAUCCUCGCGCCGGAGUCGUCGUUGGGCUGGGCAGUGUGGAAAGUGCAUUUCUAUUCCGCACAUGCAGAUCAAUUACUGAUUUUAACGAUCAGGACUACGUGCCGCUGUUACUGUUUCUGCAGUACCUAACCCAACUAGAAGGCCCUCUAUGGCGGCAGAUCCGUGGUCAAGGAUUCGCUUAUGGAUACAACAUAGUGCCACGGCCCAAUGAAGGUCUGCUCUACUUCACUCUUUACCGUGCAUCGAAUGUGGCUGCGGCGUUCAAGGAAGCGGAAUCGGUCAUGGAAAAACAGCUCAGCGCCAGUGCUGAUUGGGAUUCAACCCUCCUAGAGUCGGCGAGAAGUUCGUUGAUUUUUGAAAUAAUUGCUCGUGAGAACAGCAUUGAAAAGGUAGUUCAGACGUCGUUGCUGGCUAGAUUCAAGCAGGUUCCGUCUGGUUACAAUCAAUCGUUAGUGCGACAAGUUGGUAAGGUGACGAAAGAAGACUUGAUACGGGUUGGAAAUCGCUACGUUCGAGAUCUUUUUUCGGUUCCCAAAACGCGUACUGCCAUCGUUUGUCACCUGGACAAAGCUGCUGAUAUCGCCAGCGCUUUCGAAUCCAUGGGAUAUUCGAUGAAGGUUGAAAUAAGCCUAGAAAAUAGCAUUCUUGCGUAGGAGCCACUUGCUCCGAAAACAUCAUAGUUUUAAACAUCAACACUUAAUAAACCGUAUGCAUAAAAUAAUGAUAAUCCAAAAUAUUUGUUUUCCUAAAGGAAUCAAAAUUCAGUUGCACGUGAGUG